AUGAACAUCGACAUCGCCGCCAUCGUCGCCGGGAUCGUCGAGAAGGCCCGUCUCCACGAAAAAUGGAUCGCACGUCUUCGCAUUCUGAAGACGUGCGGCGACCGUGUUCAAGCCGACUUCGACAAAUUGGUCUUUUACGUGAGUUUUGAACGAAUAUUUCCAGAAUAAAAGUUGCUUUUCAGUUCGACCUGACGCACAAGAUGAGAGGAAUUCCCAACUUCACAAGCACAGAUGCUCGAUGGAUGAUCGUGAGUUUUCCUUUUUCAUAGACGAUUCACGGCUAGCUUGGGACGCAAAAAGGCGUGGCCUGUUUGCACUCUCCACUAACCAGGGCACUGUCUCGUCUCUUUUCGUGGCAGGACCCUUUUCUCGAUGGCUCAAGCCAGCCGUGAAUCAACUAUAAUUCCUAUUUUGUCAACCCAAGAUUCCUAAACCCUUUAAUAACACUUCGAAGACCUUUCGAGCUCCUAAAAGCCUCUAAAACAGCUUCAACUUGAGCAUCCCCUAAAAUUUUCCAGAAACUUUCAAACACUAGUUCAAGAAGACUACUUGAAGACGUCCGAACCUUUUCCAGAAACUCGCUCAGAAGAUCAUCACGACGCUGGACGACGACCUGGCGGUUUUGGAGAAGGAAAUCGUCGACAUGGACCUUCUCCACCGACGGACCGGCCAGAAACUUGUCAGAGAGGUCCUGAAAAAGGCCCAUAAAGUUCGUUAUGAGUGCCUUCGCCUCUCUGAAGCUUUGUCGCAUUUUCAGCACAACUGCGUGAGUUUUUUUUUUCUUUCACUUGGUUGUCCGAUUAUGAGGCUGUAUCUCUAUAAGAUAAGUCGGAAAAGUUGGAAAAAGGCUCUAGAAAUUCCUUUUUUGCUGCCUUUUCGCGCCAUUUUCUCGGCCGUUAUGCACCAUUUUUGCUGCCUUUUCACCAUUUCUCGAGCCUUUAAAAUCUUAGAAAAAUGGAAGGCUCGAUAAAAGGGACUCUUUUUGCUGCCUUUCUGCAGCCUUUUCGUUGCCUUUUUACUGCCUUUUUGCUGCCUUUUUGCCACUAUCCACCAUUCCGGCUUUGCCUGAGUCGACACCCGAAUCUCAACGUUCUUCUCAUUUUAUGACGGCUCCCCUAUGUAUUCCAGUAUUUGAUUGUAUUUUUUCUAAUUACAUUGUUAAUAUUAUGAAAUAUUUGAAAUAUUAAUAAACUUAUAAAUUGUUAAACAAAAACAGUAAAAACCACGAGAUUGGUUUCUCCCGACAGGGCCUUCGGAAGGUUGAAUUUUUGAAAAAAAUCAAGCUCAAUUUAUCCUUACUAGGGAACGUUUUUACCCACCCUCCCCUCCCCCUUUUCGCCGUCCAGUUUAACUUUUUGCUGAAACUUUGCUGAAGUGUACUUUAGGACCCCCUGUUUCCAGAACAGAAAGAAAACUUCUCGCAAUAAAUCUGUUGUCGAGUUAGGACACUUCAAAAAGGCUGUGAUAGCGGUUUUUGUCAUAACUUGCGCAUUUUGCACAUUUUGAAGCUCCAUAAUUUGGAAACAAGAUCUAUUGCGAGAAAAUCUUGAUCUGCAAUCAGGGGUCCUAAAAGUACACUUCAACAAAGUUUCAGCAAAAAGUUCAACCAGAGGGGUAAAAACGUUUUUCUGGUUAGCAGCCUUCAACCAGAUUUUCGAGAGAGAAACGAGAAAAUUGAGAGCAAAAUCAUCUGAUCGGCCUACGAAGACACGUAUAAAAAUGAUAAGAGUUAUAGUCAAUCCUUCCCGACUUGAAAGGCGAGAAAGGCGGGACGCGUAGCGUGUGCGUACGCGGUUCUUGGCACGAGUUCAGUUCAACCGCCAGCGACUAUUUGGAGAGCUCGUUCAUUGCUCUUCUCAUUAUUUUUUAAUUAUUUGUUGUGCGCAUUAAAAAUAGUAGAAUGGAUACAAAAAGAGCAGUGACCGAGCUUUUUGAAUAGUCAGUGACGCUUGAAUUGAACUCGUGCCAAGAACCGCGUACGCACACGCUACGCGUCCCUUCCUUUUUCCGCCUCUCUCACCUUUCUAGUCGGUUUUGGAUGGACUAUAGUCUGUGUUCCACGACUUGGAAUUUCACCGAACGACAUUCCGCUUUUCCGCUGCGUGUCUUUGCGCGCUUUCAAUUUUUUAUUUCAUUUAAGAACUCGACCAACACGUGUUCCUAGUGGAACAGUCUAUCUAUCUAUCAUAAAUGAGAACCAGUUUAAAAAGGGAGACCGAGGCCCGUAAAGACGCUUCGCGACGCAGCGGAACAGCGGAAUGUCGUUCGGUGAAAUUUCAAGUCGUGGCACACAGACUAUAAAUCGCUAAAUUUAUUUCGGAACGUUCCUUAUUGAUGAUUCUGGCAGCAUAAAAGCUGAUCAGAAAUCUUUUUUUCUCAAAUAAAAAAAUUUAAAAAAAUACUAAAAAAAUCUUUGUACCCAGUCCAAGUGUUCAGAAUGAUUUUUUUGAAAGUUUCUAUACGAGUUUGAAUAAACAUCUUGCAGCUUUCAAUCCUAAUCGAAUUUCUCUAUACAAUUCCAAACUGUACGAUUCCCACACCAACGCCAUUUCAAUCAAAUUAAGCCACCAAAACCUUUUCAUGCUCUCCAAAACCUCUCAAAGCUUUUAUUUUUAAUCAAAUCAACCCCCUAAAGAAUGGACCUCGAAGCGUAUAAAUACCGAGCCGAAACCGUUUUUGCUCACAUUUCCCAAUGAAGAUCGUCUUUCUGCUUCUGCUCCUCAUCGCCUUGGGAGUGCAUGGUGGAGGGAUCACGGGACCUGGUGGAUGUACCGACCGUAAGUAUUUAUAUUCCUAUAUUUCUCAUUUUAAUUUUCCAACGAGUAACUCUGGGGUUUUUCCUUGAAGCGUUUCCCCUCCUCGGUUGAAUUUUUUUCCUAGUGAGUGAAAAAGUUUUUAAACUUCAGCAAUACCGUUGUUUCAACUGCCUGGCUUCGGCUUCCCCAAAAUCUUCCAGAAAAGUUUCGGUGAGUUUUUAAUUUAGAAAAAAAGUCCAAAUAAGGCCUAUAAGGCUAAAUUUUUUUGUGAAAAAAUUAUUUUUCAGACGUUCUGAACGGGUUCAAUAAGCUAUUUGGACCCGUUCCCGGAGCCGGAGGAUUUGCCGAAUAA